CCAGGAAGCAAUAAGCACCUUCAUGAAAAUAACUCAAGUCCCCAUCCUUAAUCCCUGCCUAUCCUUUUUUAUCUGAUGGACUCAGCGAAGGCUGGAAGAUCACAGUGUGGCUGAAAACAAAAGGGAGUUAACAAGAUGUGACCAGUCAAUGGAUAAAACAAUAGGCGAAACCCUCCACGUUGUCUAGUGCCCAGGUGUCCUUCCCAUGCACAGGUAGCCAUGUGGAUCGUGGUGAGUUUGCUCUGCUGCUUAACGCUCGGAGGGCUGCCACAGGCGGGCAGCUCGUGCCCAUCGCAGUGCAGCUGCGCCUUCCACAGCCUCAGCGAAGGGACGAAAGCCAGGACAGUGCUGUGUAAUGACCCAGAGAUGACCCUCACUCCUGUGAACAUCCCUGUAGACACAUCCAAGCUUCGGAUAGAAAAGACAGCCAUCCGCAGGGUGCCAGGAGAGGCUUUCCAUGGACUCCACAACCUGGAGUACCUCUGGAUGCCCUAUAACUCCCUGGCCAGCCUCAGUGGGAUCACCUUCAAGGGCCUUCGUCGCUUGCAGGAGCUGAGGCUGGAUGGGAAUGACUUAAUAUCGUUCCCCUGGGAAACCCUGGCUGACAUGCCACAGCUAAGGCUUCUGGAUUUACACAACAACGAACUUACCUCGAUCCCUCCAGAUGCUGCUCGUUAUGUCAAGAAUAUCACAUACCUGGACCUGUCUAGCAAUAAGCUGAUGACUCUUCCUCAGGCUCUUAUUGGCACCUGGGCCAACCUGCAGGCUGUUCCUUACUUCCCCAACGAUAACUCCAAGAUCAUCCUAGGCUUGCAAGACAAUCCUUGGGUAUGUGACUGCAGUCUGUAUGAAAUGGUCCAUUUCCUAAAUUUCCAGUCUCCUAACAUAGCAUUCAUUGAGCCCAGGCUGAAAUGCUUCACCCCCCGGAGCCUUGCAGGAGUCCUCUUCAGCCAAGUUGAGCUAAGGAAGUGUCAAAGCCCCGUUGUACAUACGUCCGUAGCCAAAGUAAAGACCAUCCUGGGCAGCACUGUGCUACUGCGAUGUGGAACGACGGGGGUGCCCAUUCCUGAGCUCAGCUGGAGAAGAGCUGAUGGUGCUCAACUAAACGGCACAGUUCACCAAGAGAUUUCCAGUGAUGGCAUGAGCUGGUCUAUUCUGGGCCUGCCUGUAGUCUCUUAUCUCGACUCUGGAGAGUACAUAUGUAAAGCAAAGAAUUUUCUGGGGGCAACAGAGGCGUUCAUAUCUCUCAUCAUCACAGACUCAGAAAGCACAGAUGACCCCAACUCUAAUGCCAAAGGCGCAUGGAGUGGGAAGGUGAGUGGGAUGGAGGCAGCUGCCUACAAUGACAAGCUAGUGGCAAGGUACAUUAUCAGCACCUCUACCGUGCCUACCCUGGGGUCUGGAGUGGGCACCGGAGAGGGCCUCAUCCUCCCAGAUGUGGCCCAAGAUAGCAAGCCCAGAAACCUGCUGGUGAGCCCGCCUACCGGUCAGCAGGAGCCGGAGCGAAUGGUGAGGUCCGUCAGGGUGAUAGGAGACACCGACCAGAGUAUCACCCUGGCCUGGAAGGCACCUCUGGCAAAGAACACAACAGUGUUCAGUGUCCUCUACGCUGUCUUUGGAGAGAGAGACAUGCGGCGGAUCAAUGUGGAGCCAGGGAAGACCAAGGUCACCAUUUAUGGGCUGCUGCCAAAGACCAAAUACAUCGUGUGUGUCUGCGUGAAAGGGCUGAUCCCCAGGAAGGAGCAAUGCAUCAUAUUUUCCACAGACGAAGUUGCCAGCGCGGGAGGGACCCAGAAGCUCAUCAAUGUGGUUGUCAUCAGUGUGGCCUGUGUCAUUGCUGUUCCUCUGACGCUGGUGGUCUGCUGUGGAGCACUGAAAAGGCGCUGCAAAAAAUGCUUUGUGCGGAAACCCAAGGAAAUUCAGGAGUCCUAUGUCACCUUUGAAAGCCUGUCUCCUGGGGCCAAGGUGAAAGGCGUGGAAGGAGAAUACUUGACUAGACAUACCCCCGAUGAGUCAAACAGGCUGCUGUCUGCCCGAUCCAGCGUGGACUCAGAAGCAAUACCAAAGAUAGAGGGGCAACCUAAUGAAUACUUUUGCUGAAAGUAACUAGGCUGAUUGUCGGCUUGCUAGGUGGAAAGCACGUCGCUGUAUACCCGACUCUGCUCCAGCACUGCAGGCUACCUUGUCAAUGCUUCUGUCUCUGACAUGUUCUGGAGGAGGAUGCAAGAGGGUAGAUGGUGCCCAAGCUUUACAGAAACAUGUUGCUCAUCCCACUUGGGGUUUGCUGUUUUGUACCCGGUCAAAAGCUUCUGUGAUAAUGGCCUCGUUCUCCUGGACCACUUUUAUUUUUGUAAAAUGAAGCAUGCACACUGAGUGUGAGGACAUUAAGCAACAUUUCUGAGCGUGCUCUGCUUGGUGGUGUUUAGUACCUGCUCUGCAAUAUGCUAUUUCAUUCUCAGCUCUUUUGAUGUUCUUUUGGUUGACAAACAGGGGAGUGUUUAGUAAUUUUAAUAUAAAUAUCUAUGAAGGUGAGGAUUGAGAGCCUCACCUUUUACAUCUCCCUUGUUUGCAUGAAACAUGCAGCUUGAUGCUUAAUAGAUCACUAAACACAGAGGUACAUCAACCCUUUCUACUACGUCCAACAUAAUGACAGCUCUAUGCUCUGAAUCCAGAGAAAUGUGCAAAGGAGAUGAUAGAAAUCAAGAGACAAAACCCAGUCCACUCCUAAGAAUACAUAAUAGAGAGUGUUUUGUGAUUGCAUUUUGGCCCUUAACACUAUUCUUAAGAUAUUCUUGAACAGGUCUUUCAGUAUCAGUCCCAGCUGGCAUUUUCUAGCUGUAUUGUAAUUAGUAGAGUAUGUUUUAUAUCAGCUGUGCUAGUUAAAAUCGUACAAUAGCCUACUCUGCAAAUUGUGUGUGGCAUUGUAAUGCUUUGUAAUCAUACUGAAAACCCCACAUUAGACAGUUCUGCAAAAAUCUCCCAGACCAGCCCUGUCAUUGCUGCCAGCUCUCCUGACAAAACUGGUGGUGAAGACCAGAGGGCUCAGCCAGGCACUUGUGGCUUGGUCAUGAAAAUAACUUGCUCUGUGCAGAGCAGGGGUAUGCGAUGCGGUCAGGCACACAUCAGCCAUACUUCCACCAUGGCAUCAGUGGUGGCAGAGGCUCAGUGUGGACUUCUGGGUUUCAAACAUUUUACAAGUUCAAGAACCCUGAAAAAAACCUGUCUAAUAUUCAUCUAAAUGUACUUUCAUAGCCAGGGUGAGCUAAUCAGUUAUUUAAGUCCUGCAGCUCCACUGGAAUUUGGAUCUGAGUGCUUAACAAAAAGCACUUCCCAGCUGUCUAAUUUUCCACUCCAGUCUCUCAUGUAGUAAUACUGUAUAUAAAGUUUUUCUCUUUGUAAUAAAUAUUCUUCAUGAGGAAAAUUAUAUAUGUUCUGCCAAAUGUUGAAUGGGAGGGAUCCAGCCAAGUUGAAAUGAUAACUGAUAAAGCUUGCUGAACUGUUUUGAAAUGUGUAUUUGUAAACUUAUUGGAAGGAUCUCCACUCACAUUCUGGAUGUGUAUGUACAGUGUGGGUUAACAAAAUUCACUGGUUGAAAUGGAGCCCGGUAUGGAUUUUGCAAGUCCUCCUUGUACAGAAGGGUUUCAGUUAUGUUGGUUACUUGGCCUGAUGGAAAAGGAAGUCGUCUGAUCUCAACAUAAAUACUAGCAAUAGUGGAUACAGUAUAAUAGUUUCUGAUAGGACUCCCUGUAUUCCUUACAUUAAUGAUAAAGAAAUUCUCUUGUAUUGGGAGAAUUUGUCAAUCCCUGUAUAAAAUAAUGCUUGCUACUUCUAUCACUGGACUGCAGAGAUUUUUAGAUUUACAAGUAAUGUUUUGCAAAAUUAUGUAUUUUAAUACAACAGAUUAAUUGAUGAAAUAUGUAGUAUGUAAUAGAUCUAUUAUUUAUUUAGACAGUUGCAUUUCCCAGGAUGAUUUUUAGUCUCCCUCUGCGAUAGAAAAAAAAUAUUAUUCUAGUAGUAGUUUUUGGGAUGAGUUGCAAGGGUUGCUGUAUUAUUGAGCCUGAUUCCUGCCCACAUCUGCAGCAGUAUCACUGGGCUGUGCAGAAAUCAGCCUGACAUAGCCCUGGAUGGAUAAACUAGCUCUGAAGAAUCAAGGCUGUCCUAAAGUUCUCCUGCGGUGAACGGAGUGGACCUACUGCCCAAGGACUUUCCUGUAAGUCAGGUUUGCAGGAGCUGACUGGGAAUGAGAGGUAUUUACCUCUCCACUGCCUGGAGGCACGAGCUGGGUAAUUUGUCAUAUCCAGCCCUGGCGAGGAGCAGCUUUCACCCGCUCCAUCGGUGCAUGCUCUGACACACGGUCUGUGAGUCGGCAGUGGAAAAGGCACCGGCUGGGCCAGUGCACUCGCUCUUUGCCUGCUAGGAGGGGAGGAUGGAGAGGUCAUCCUGUGACAUUCACUGUGGAUGGGUUAAGUUUUAUAGACUCUACUGGAUAUUUUUUGCACUUUGAAUAAAUAGCGCUCCCAAGUAGAACAAACGUGACUUUUCUAUUUCCUAUGGCUAUUCUCACUGGCUCAUAGGUGAGGCAUCACAGUUUAGCAUCUCAACUGCUGCUCCAAAACAAGUCUCGGUCUCUCCUGCAUUGGUGAUUCACACAAGAGAGGCAAUAGAUAGAAACUUGUAUAAGCUCUGUGUCAUCUGUUGUUGGUCAGAAGAGAAACCCUAUACUUGCUAAACUGCAAGUGAAAUUUCAAACCAUUAAGUAAACUGAUUUUCUGCUGAAUGUGACUUCAAGGCUCUGGGUGAGAUUUUCAGUGGUAGGAGGCAUGUGAAGAUAAAUACUUCACUGGAUUAUUUUUUUUUUGUUGUUUUAACCGAAGGGGUGUUAGGCACCUAGUUUCAGCAGGGUCAGCUUAGGCAAGCUUCCCUGUCUGGUCAUAAGAUGUGAAUGGAGCUGGGUCAGAGUUCAGGCAAGCAGAAUAUUCAUCCCUGGAAACAAUUUCUUACUCAAAGUCAAUCCUCAGGCAGACAUGUACUUUAAGAACUGAAAUGAACACCUGAAUCUCUUUUGGAAUUACUGCAUUAGUAGUAUUUUAAUUUUUUUUUUUUUUUGACACUAUUCUGUUCGGUUUUCUUUUUCCUUGGAAAAUGUUUCCUCUGUUAAUGAUCUCUUUGUGUCAGGUUUUGACCAAUUUGUUGCUUUUUUGGGUCUAUUUCAAAUACUUUGGCACUGUCAAGCAAUAUAUUUCAGAAUGUCUUGGACUACAAUGUUCCCUACCUUUACUAUCAAAUAAUUUUAAAAUUUCUUCUCAGAUGAGUGUUGGACCACUUCAGUAAUACUUAGUAAUAAAGUAACUGUCCACCUGCGUUAGGCAGGAGGUUUGCACUGGCUGCCUGGGCUUUGGAGAGUAGUACGAGCCACUCCUUGAUGGGCACAUCAUGUGAUGAUAGAUAACAAAGACAGGCUCCUCCUUCCACAGUAUCUUUUUAUACUUAUUUGGGAAAUCAGAGUAGUGUAAAAUUGUAAAAUUAAGGAUAGGGUUUAAAAAAAGAAGGUAAUCGUGUUUUAAAAAUUAAUCCAAAUAGCUCUGAACUGUACUGAAAAAUGGUUAUUAUUUCUUUUUCUUAAAAGGCUCUGGAGAAAAGCAGUUAUCAAAAUGAGGGAACCGAGCAGAAUAUAAAUGAAAUAAUGUGCCCAAAGUGAUUAAAAAGGAGUACUGCAAGUAGUUGAAGUGCAAGAAAAAAUGUAAAAAAAACAUGAAUA